AAAGGGAAGUGUUUCAUGUGUUUGUAGGGGAAGGGGCAGUGCACGACAGCAUAUUCCAACAAGUCUCCUAAUACAUGGCAGAGUCCCCUUCCAGGUACAAGACACAUCCACCUAGCUGCAUCUACUGAGGCGCCCAGCAGCUGCAGAGACUCCUGGGAGGCAGGACCCGUUGAGGCCAAGGACCACAGAAGAAGGCGAGGAACCCAGCCAGAGGGACUGCGAGACUCUACCUAGCAGUCCGCCAGCCCUCCAGGGCAAGAUGGAGAGGCUGAGGCAGAUCCUCAGAAAGAGGAUGGCAAGAAUGGCCCCGGGACAGGAGAAGGACAGGAAGAAGCCUGAGGAGGAGGAGCAGGGCGGCCACCACCAGGCAGAGGCUGCAUCAAGGAAGGGCAGGUGGUGGCACUGUCUCAUGGGCUGGAGAAGAAGGGCACCUCCAGCAGCCACGGAAGAGCAGGGAGGGGAGCCAGUCAGGCCCCGAUGGAGGUGGCCCAGGAUACAGCUGGGCAGGCAGGGCCCAGCACUGCCAGAGAGCCAGGCACAGCCCCCGCGCAGCUCCAGCCCCAAACACAGCAGCCAGGACCCCAGCGCUGAAGCCCAGCCGAAGGCCACUCCUCACGUGGCUUGGGAGGAGAAGCCAGGCUCCCCAGGGCAGGAGCUGCACAGGCCCUGGUUCAAGCUGGGCUCCAGCUCCUCCAGGGAGGACAGCGACAGCUCCCAGGAGACUGUUGGCCUCCAGCAACAUGCUGCCACCGCCAGAGAUACAGUCCUGCCCUUCUACAAGGCAGAGGAAGAGCAGAGGGAGGACUUCACCUACCUGGAGGAAGCCGCCCUCUCAGUCAUCCUACGGCACCUCCAGAGCACGGACCAGACUGUGAAUGAGGGGCUCACUUUCCUCCGUGCCGUCCCCACGCUGUGCCUGGCUACAAUGAAGAGGGGCGAGGACACCCUAGAGCCGCCCUGCUGCAAAGCGGCACUUGUGGAGAGGAUUGUGGUGCUGAUUGACAAGCUGUCCGACUGUGAAGAAGAGCCCAGCACCAUCCUUCCUUACAGCAUGGCUGUUGUUUGCAUCCUCAGCAAACUGAAGCCAGCCCUGGAGCCAGCCCUGGAAUCGCGCCUCCUCUACACCGCCCUCCACAAGACCUUCCUGAUGGCCACAGGGCACAACAGCCAGCACAUCCAGGGCAUGCAGCGGAUCAGCGUGGAGUACCUGGAGGCCACGCUGAGGUGUCUGCUGGCAACUUCCCCCAGCCUGGCCAGGCUGCAGUUCAUCGGGCAGCACUUGACCUUGUGGCUCCAGUUGGAAGAUAAGAGGGACAGAGCCACAGCCAUCAAGAUCACCACCAGCCUGCUCUGCUUUGCAGUCUCCCUCCUCCCACAGUUUGAGGACUCGCCCAAGGUGCCCCUGGUGGGUGACCUGGUGGCCCUGCUGGGUCUGUGCAUCAGCGACCCAGUGGAGGAGAUCAGCCGCCAGGCCAAGGAGGGCCUCUCCCACCUCUACAAGAUCUUGAUGCAUCAGAAGGGGCAAGACAUCCAAGAGGCACAGGAGCUGUGGCCCAUCAGCCAGCACCAGCACCACCUACACCGAAUCCUCCUCUACAUCGAUCUGGCCACAAUGGGAGAGGCCUUCAGGAAGAUCCUCUCCGAAGACCAGAGGAGAGCGUUUGCACAGAGGGCACUGCUGGGGAUCCACCAUGUCAUGCUGCACGUGAGCCAGGCCGGGGUGGUUCUGCUCUAUGCCAUCCUGGGGCAAUCUGGUCACCUGAUGGGGGCAGAGGAGAAGGAAAUUCCCGUCAGGGUACUGAGGAAGCUCCUAAUCCUGAAAUGCUUCCAUCAGCUGCCCAAAGAGCUGCAGAGGCACAGUCAUCUGGAGAGUGCCUCAAGGAUCCCCAUCUCUCCGCAGCAGCGCCAUCCAUCCUGAUGCAAGCAAAGGCUGGGUGUGAGGCCACGGAUGCCAACUGCGAGGCAUGGGACACGGUGUAGGGGAGGUCGGAGCCGUGUAUACAAGCCCUAGGU